CACAUCAAAUAUGCACGCUUCCCUCUAUUUCAGAUAACAUUAACAGAGCGGUGGCAUUGUGGUGACUUUAGGAGUGUAAGUUAGUUUUCCGAAGCUGCUUGUGCAGUUUAACCUCGCAUCUUUUGUGAGGAAACCAUCUACUUGUGAUUCCGAGUAACCGCAUUUAAGCUUAUAAGUGUGCUGCCUAAUUUAGGAAGCAUUAAUGGUUGAGUUUGUGAAGUUAGUUUAGCAGUUUGAAUUAUGGGGGCAGGCUGUUGUGGUUUAGCGGGCAAAACUACCCGACAAGCUCCACGCGCCAUGCAGCGCCACGUAAAUGUUUAAAUGGCAUUUAAUGUGGUUUUUUUUGCUAAUACGUACUUCAUUGUCAUUUAUAUGGCGCCAUAUUGUAACAUAUUCUAUCUCACGAAAUUUUGCUGAGUAAAUGCAAGGAACGGUUUCUUUCAGAGAGCCAAAAGAUUUCUUGUGGAUUUACACAACUGUUCCUGUUCUAGGCACUGCUUAGUUCAGUAAUCUUUCUGCUUUUAACAUGCUUUAGACUGUCUUGGUGUCAUCCUCGAGUUCUGUGUUUGGCGGUUGAAGGAGGAAUUAUCAGAUUAUUGCAGGGUGCCUUGUAAGAUGUCCUGGGAUGAGCUGGAAGCCCUGUGUCGCAGAAAGGGGCUUCACUGUAAACAGCUUGGGGUAAACAAAGCCAAUGUCAAUGAGUAUGAGGUGGAAUUCCUCUGUGACUACAAGAAGACUAAGGAGGAAGAGUUCUAUCUGGUAAAGUGGAGGGGGUUCCCAGAGUUGGAGAAUACCUGGGAACCCAAGAGGAACCUCAGAUGCCCCAAACUGAUGAAACAGUUCCACUUGGACCUUGAUGAGGAGUUGAGGCGCCACAAGAGACGCUCCAUCCCUAAAAAGCUAGAUAAGGAAGUUUCCUCAAUCCUUGUCCAGAAAGCCAAACUACGUCAGAGUCUGCAGCGCUGGGAGGCCCAUUUGAAUCAUACUCGUAACCACCCAGGUCGCAUUUUUGUCAAGAAUGAAGUGGACCUUGAGGGCCCCCCAAGAAACUUCACCUACAUCAACAACUAUGAAGUAGGUCAGGGCAUCGUGUUAGAUGAGAUGGCUGUGGGUUGUGAGUGUAAGGACUGUUUAGAGGAGCCAAUGAAUGGCUGCUGUCCUGGAGCCUCCUUGCACCGAAUGGCCUAUAAUGAUAAGGGGCAGAUCCGGAUCCGUCCGGGACAGCCCAUAUAUGAGUGUAAUUCCCGAUGCAGCUGUGGUCCUGAUUGUCCCAACAGAGUGGUGCAGAAGGGCAUUCAGUUCGACCUGUGCAUCUUUAAGACAGAGAAUGGUAGAGGAUGGGGUGUCCGCACACUGCAGCAUAUCAAGAAGAACACAUUUGUCAUGGAGUACGUUGGAGAGAUCAUCACAACAGAUGAAGCAGAGAGGAGGGGUCAGGUGUAUGACCGUCAAGGUUCUACAUACCUGUUCGACCUGGACUAUGUGGAGGAUGUGUACACAGUGGAUGCAACUCACCUAGGCAACAUCUCCCACUUUGUCAACCACAGUUGUAGCCCCAACCUGCAGGUAUUCAAUGUGUUCAUUGACAACAUUGAUGAGAGGCUCCCAAGAAUCGCAUUGUUUUCAACACGGGCUAUUCGGGCAGGAGAGGAGCUCACCUUUGACUACAAGAUGCAAAUUGAUCCAGUUGACACAGAAAGCACCAAAAUGGACUCCAGCUUUAGUCUAGCAGGACUCCCCAGCUCUCCGAAGAAGAGGAUUCGAGUGGAGUGCCGGUGUGGAUCAGACUCUUGUCGAAAAUACCUGUUCUAAAAAGGGAACAUAACACCGUUAUUUGUGUAAAGAUGUGGAAAAUUGUACAGAUUUUUAAAAGAAGUUUUAUUUUUUAUUCUCUUCAUGAAAAAUUAAAUCUACCACCAGCGUAUGAACAUGACACACUUUUCCCAAGAUGAGACAAACAAACAAACAAAAGAGUUUCAUGAUUUUAUGAUUUAAAUUGAAGACUGCAUCAGUGGGUCAUUUAUGUACUUAUGUCUCUCGCCGUCCACUUUAAAUGGCAAUAUCAGUAAAAAUAGGCAAAUGAUCUGGCCUUUAUAGUAGUGCAGUACAAGAAUCAACUGCCAUUUACUUUUGAGUAACAGUCAGUAUGUUUCCAACCUGCCUGAUAGUCUGGCUGCUGCUUGUUGACCUCUGUGUUCUUUUCUCAGCUGUUAACAUGCUGAGUGUAGUGCCGUAACUGGUAGAAUUGAUGAGCAAAAGUGAGACCUGUUUGACCUCUGUUUGUUACCUUGUUAUUUUUAACUUUAUUUUGUUACUUCCAUCUAAAGAAAUGGUCAUACAGUUUCACAAAAGGCUGUGGACAAACAGUCAACAUAUUCUAAUACUGAUCCAACUGAGACGAGGCCUGUAACAGACUUUCAUUCUUGUACUGCAGUGUGUAGGUUCUGUCUUACCUUGUCAUCACCAUACACACCUCCUCAGACACUGCCAUCCUUUCACUAACAGUAGUGGUGGAGAAAGGUUGGGGCAUCACAAAAUUUCAACUUUCAGGACGUGUUUUACUUCUUCAUUUUCGCUGUUUGGGAAAUUCUUUUGAGUUAAAGGCUUCAGUUAUUGAUAAUGGUGAACUGAUCCUUUAAGUUAGUCACUUUUGUGACUGUAAAGUAUGUGUUUGUGGUCAAAUAGCUGUGUAUUUUACUGUGCAUAUUUAAAGAUUUUAGGUACCAGUACUUUUUUUUAUUAAUGUGUCAUAGGUGGAGAACAAAAACAAUGUAAAUAAAUGGUUCUAAGGUUAA